CCGAAGUUGUUAAAAGUUUAUGAUCCAUAUCCUUCAGGAGCAAUGUUACAUCAUACUCCUUUUUAGCUAUCCUCUGUACGACAAAACAGAAACACCUCAAGUGACCCAGACAUAAUCAAACAACUAUAUCCAAUAACCAUUGAAACAUAGCGAUUCUCAGUCGUCUCAAAAACACAAGCAGAACACAACCUCCCGAGAUGUCAAAAUUCUCUCUGACGGGUCGCGUCGCCGUUGUCACGGGUGGUGGCCGGGGUUGUGGGCUUGCUUUUGCCCAAGGUCUUGCUGAAGCAGGGGCUGAUGUCGCCAUCUUCGACUUGAUCGACCCAGACCCCGUCGCGUUUGAACAACUCUCCGCAGCAACUGGUGUUCGAGCAAAGGCAUACGUUGUGGAUGUAACAUCGGUUUCAAGCUUGGAGAAAGGCUUCGCCUCCGUUGCGACCGACUUCGACGGUAAGCUGGACAUCUUCGUUGCUUGCGCUGGUGUGAACAAGAACGUGGAAUUUCUCGACACCGAAGAGGCAGAUUUUGACAGGCUCUACGGGGUCAAUUGCAAGGGACUAUACUUCUCCGCCAAGCUUGCUGCAAAGGCCAUGAUCUCGAACGGGACCAAAUACGGCAGCAUUAUUUUCGUCGCCAGCAUUGCAUCUCAUAUUGCGAUUCGCUCACAACGGUCUACUGCUUACUGCGGUACCAAAGGCGCCGUUCGAGCGAUGGUGGCGCCUAUCGCUGCUGAGCUGGACAAGCAUGGCAUCCGCGUCAACUCAAUCUCUCCCGGCUACGUGAGAACCGAGAUGACAGCCCCUUUUCCCGACCUUCUGGAGAGUUGGAAGGACGAAAUCAUGAACGGUAGAGUUGCAGAGCCAGAUGAUAUCAAAGGUGCAUGCGUCUUUCUGGCCAGCGAUGCUAGCAGAUACUGUCAGGGAAGCGACAUUGUGGUUGACGGAGGUGUCACAAAAUGGUAGUACCAAUAUGGAUUCCCAAAAGAGUUACCUUAGG